CGAGAGUCAUAGAUAAUGAGGCUAUCCUCGAAAAAGAAGUCGACUCAUCUCGAUUCACCCACUUUAGUAUUAUAAUAACUGCAUCAAACUUGCCAUUCUCUUCAAGUCCAUCACCAUUCACCUCCAUUCUCUCAAGACCUAACACAUGAGCCGAACAUCAACUCUCCGACCGACUUCUACAUUUACAACAAUGGGCAAAUUCACAAUCCCCAAGUGCGCUACAGGCCUGCGCGAAAUCGAGCCUUCACUACUAGAUCUCCGCCCCGACUCUGAAAUCAUCGCUCAACUCCAAACAUACCAACCCAUCACCUCGGAGAAGAAUGUCUGGGCAGUCUGGGACAAAGGCUUCUACGCAAUGUACCCCAGCCAUCAACGGACAGUGAUCAACUGGGUCAGACGCCUCGGUCCUUCAUGGACCGUCCGUCUAGUAGACUUCGUCGAAGGCUCGCCUAACAACAUUUUCAAGUUUGUUGGCAAAGAGUGGUUUCCGGAAGCCUUUGUCAAUAAAACCAUGGAUGGAAAACACGCCCCUCAACAUUCUGCUGAUCUUGCUCGCCUUCCCCUUAUUUACGAACAUGGCGGAGUUUGGAUGGACGUUAGCAAUAUGCUCCAUAUCCAUCUUGAUUCGCUAUUUUGGGAUCACAUUUCAUCGCCUGAUACGCCUUAUGAAAUGACUGCAUGGAUCAUCACAGGCCAAAUUAGAGCCAAAUGGGGCGACUUUGGCAACUUCAUGUUCGCUGCUCGCAAGAACUGCGAGUUUAUCAAGAACUGGCACGAGGGGUACAAAGAGCUAUGGAAGGGCCGAACGAAUGUCGAUGGAUUUCACAAGCAUCCUCUCAUUGCUGAGAUCGGUCUCGCUGAAGGUCUUGCAAAUCCUGAGGAUGAGAAUCAGAUCUGCUUUAUGACAGACUAUGUCUCACAGAUGGUCAUCGGCGACCGUACUCGCAACCUUGUCGAUGUUACCACCGGCUUCAACGGCCGUGAGUUCUGGGAGAACAAAGUCUUCAUGGUGGAAGGCAUCGAAAACGGUAUUCUCGGUGCUCUCAAGACAAACCUAGACGGUCAGAAGCAAGCCGACUAUUUCCUCACACGACUUGACGAGCCUGACCUCGACAAGAGAAGUGAAGCUGAAGCCUUCAUGGUGGAAAUGCUCGAGAAGAGUCACAUGUACAAGAUGUAUCACAACUCAAUGGGCGAUCGUCCAGCUUUGGGCGAUCUCGUCAAGAAGAAGGAGAAUCACGAUAUCACAUACCGUCCUGGGACUUUUGGAGAGUUGUACAGAUAUGGAACUGUGCAUUGGGAACCAACCAGGGAGGUUAUGAGAUUGGAGCCACAGAGAAAUGGCGAUGAAAUGAUAUACGGUACGCCUACGAAAACUGCUGCUCAAGUUAAGAAUUAGAAGGCUACAGAGAGGUAAGAGGCCCAUACAUGGACGGGUUAGAUACGGCGU